GGAAUUUUUAGGGCUAGAAAGCGAGCGAGGUCUGGCGCUGCGCAUAGCAGUCGUGCCAUCGGGAAAAGACAAUAUCGUCCGCGCGCUGGUGAGACACAUCAGAGCCCCUCAGGCACAACAACAGCUGAAGUGGUCGAGUCACAGAGUGGCCGAUAGUACAAGAGAGGGAAAUAAGGAAGCGGGAUCGCGUAAGAAUAAGGAUCAGCUGAUUUCCUCAUGUCUGGAUGUUCCUGAUCAACAAUCGUUAAUGCGUAACGCUCAACACUCCCUCAUGUGAGGGUGUAGAAUGGAAACAGCCCUCUACCCAGGCACCGAGGUUUCCAACAUCUAUUCCCAGACCACGAUGAUGAAGAAGGAAAUUAAUCUGAACCUGGACGACCAGCACUCCGAGCUCAAAUCAAACCCGCUCCGGGAUACAGACGGACUCCUCAAUUCGCCCGACUUGGGACUCUUGAAACUAACCUCUCCGGACCUGGAGCGCCUCAUUAUCCAGUCCAACGGUCUGGUCACCACCACCACCUCCACCAACAACAGCAACCCGACCUCCCAGUUCCUCUACCCGAAGUCUGCCAGCGACGAGCAGGAGUUCGCCGAAGGUUUCGUCAAGGCGCUGGAGGAUCUUCACAAGCAGAACCAGCUGAGCGAAGCGGGGUGCGUCUCCGUGGAUAGACUGGAGCUCCUCGGGUCAUCCAACGCCGUCGGGUCUGCCGGGCUCCAGACACCAGACCUUCCUGUAUACACUACUUUGAACGGCUAUGCGGCCAGCCCGCUCGGAGCCACCACCAUCAACUACUCCACGGACACCAUCCCCUUCCCGCCGCCUCCGUCUCAUCUGGCCAGCGCGCAGCAACAGGCGGCCGCUGCGGCUGCCGCUCUGUCACGACUCCAGUCCGCCGGCGUGGUGAAGGACGAGCCCCAGACGGUACCAGACAUGCAGAGUUUCGGAGAGAGCCCCCCUCUGUCUCCCAUCGACAUGGACAACCAAGAGCGCAUCAAGGCGGAGAGGAAAAAGCUGCGGAACAGGAUAGCCGCCUCCAAGUGCCGCAAGAGAAAACUGGAGAGGAUCUCCCGGCUGGAGGACAAGGUCAAGACCCUGAAAACGCAGAACACCGAGCUGGCCUCCACAGCCAGCGUCCUCAGGGAGCAAGUGGCCCAGCUGAAGCAAAAGGUGAUGAACCAUGUCAGCAGCGGAUGCCAGCUUUUACCAAACCAGGUCCAGGCUUACUGAAUCCCAGCUGUGGUGCUCUUCUUGGAUAUUUUUCCAGCUCUAAAUAUGCUCUGAGGAUACAGGCCUGUGUUUUGAGGAACAUUUGCGUUUUGUAACCUAGAACCCUCAUCAGAGACUUAAUGUGAGGCCAUUAUGAUGAAAAAAAGGCUGUAACUGAGAAACAUUUGCAUUGCACUGUAGAGACAUUGACAGGCCUUGAUGAGAGCUGCAAGUCAACUGGAAAAUGACAGAUUAACCAGCAGCAGGUAUGGGGCUGCAGCCUCCUCUGAUUCAUGAAAAUCUGACAGUGUUAUGCAGCAAACAGACUUAUUUUGUUGCCCUAAUUUUCUUUUGGGAAGCCAUGUAGCAAAACUGCUAUCCAGCGGACUGGUGCAGGAUAGCAUUUAUCUGUGUGUAAGCUGGACAAUCUCAACAUGAGUGCAACCAAACACCAGGGUGUCACCAAGUGCUGUCAUCCACCGUGUAAUAUAAUGCCUUACUUGUUUACAAGCACUUAGCAAUGACAAAUAUAUAUAUAUAUUUUAUUUACUGAAACGUUUCUUAUUUUACAUAUGGUCUUAUUUCUAGUUGUUUCUCUUUUAUUAUUUUGCAAAAAUGAACACUGCAUGUCUUGUCGCUUUUGUGGACAGUAACCAUUGUAUUUUUCAUUAUGGUGGCUGCUGUGUAGUUCUUCAGUCACCAGACUUCCAUGAAUGUAUGUGUACGUGCUGAGAAAACAUGUAUCCAUGUGUAAUGGACUUUCAAGUCUACCUGACAUUUAUUAAAUUCACUACAUUACUACA